AGUCCCUGAGGCUUGGCAAAGCAGGAGCCCUCCGUGGCAGUGCUUGGGUGUCGGGGCUCUGAGGCUCCGGCCUGACCUCUCCACGGGGUCGACGGGAACGUCUCCGGAUGGCAGGAGUCGCAAAGGGCCGACCAGGAUGAGGAAACCCCGGGCGGAGUCCGCGGGAAGCAGCACGGCAUCCCAGCCUCAGGCCUGCCCUGACGGUGUCGGGGUGAGUCUCCCCAAAAGUCCUGCCGCCGUGAUCUCGAGGACAGGUCGGCCUGCGUGCCCCUGGGCUGCUCUCUCACCCGAGGGUCGUUCUGGUCGAGAGCAGAACCCCGCAGCCUCAGGGGUUGCCUGCGGGUGUGUGUUUCAAUGGCUCUGCUCUAGGACUCUGUGUGAGUGUCUGUGUGUGUGUGUGUGUCGUUUGUGUGUGUGUGUGUGUGUGUGUGUGUGUCUGUGUGUGUGUGUGUCUCCCAUUCUCUCUUCUCUCUGUGUCUCUCAGUCUCUGUGUGUUUCUUUCCCUCUCUCUGUCGGUUUGUGUGUGUGUGCGCCCGUGUGCGUGUGUGUCUUUGGCCGAACGUACCCUGUGCGCCACAAACCGAUUUCCACCAUGUCGGCCUGUCUUUGGUGAGCCUCUUUGUGCGUCUCUGCCUGGGUCAUGGAGCCGGUUGUCAAUCGUCUUCGCCGCCGCGGAUCCGCUUUGGGUGUGUGAAGACCUGGUCCACGUGAGGAGAUACGUCGGUCCCGGAGCAAUGGAAAUCUCAUCCCCGUCCUGAGCGGCCUCUUUUCUGGGAUCCAGAUGAACACACUGCAGCCAAGGACAAGAUCCCCACAGGAGCUCUGAGAAAUGAAGCCACACCACCAUACAGUCUGGAAGAGGAAGCCGGGAAUGGGAGAUGGCAACUAUCCCUGUCACUGGAACGCUGGCUUCUCUGGACAAGCCACCCUUUUGGGACCCCUCCCCUUAUGCCCGUGGCGGUGGCACGGUGCUGUAUCCUGCCUGGGCUCUGGGCUCUGGCCUCUGCUCUGUCCUCCCUCUUGCUCUGCCUCCCCUGUUUCUCAGGGGCCCGGAUGCCUCUCGCUCUGGCCACAUGUCUUCAACAAAGAUGACUUCCCAGUCCGUCAGGGAGACACUUCCUGGGGAUCCCUGUCAUGAUUCUUUCUCUCUCCAGACGUGUUUCUGCUUCAUUGGUCAGGUCUCAUGACCCUGAAGCUCUUGGCUUCCAUCCGUGUCUCAGACAGGGAAGCUUCCUUCUUCUCCACGUUUCCCCUCGUGGGUGGGUGGGUUGCCUAGAGUGAGCGCUAGGCGACCGUGACUGGCCUUGUCUUCUAGGACAGGUGGUGUCGCGUUUCCUCUGCACUUCCUGUCUCAUUCUGGAGGGACAUCCUCUCCUCUGCUCCUGGGUGGACUGACUUCCUUGAUGUUCGGGCCGAAACGAAUGUCAGGGAACCAAAGGGACUGGGCUGGGGCUGGGGCUGGGGCUGGGUGCAGGGGAGGUUUCGUCGGGGCUACCAGGGCGGUGGAGGGUUGGGGAUGGGGCGAAUUUUGCAGAAACCUCUUUGCUCCUCUGGUAGGCGUUUGAAAACGCGGCUUGGGUCAGGCACAGGCCCCCCCAGCCCCGCGGUUCCCAGGCGUUCUUUGAUUUUCCUCGGCAUUGAUGGGCACUUUCGUCCCUUGUUCCCCCCUUCCACCGGACCAUGCCUGGAAUCUACCGUUUGUUUCGCCGUCGCCCCGCCCCAUAUGCCUCCGGUGACACACGUUCACACCGUCUGCUGUGGGAUCCGCCAGUGCCACGCGUGGUCACAUGGUCUCCACCUCGGAAUCGCCCCCGUUCCUGUUUGCACGUGUCCCGUAAGGCACGGUCGGCUCUCCGGAGCCCCAGGGCUUUUAGAAGCGGGGCAGGCCACUGCUCUUUCAGAGGAGGAGGGAGGCAGAGGGCUGAUGGAUCAGUGAAUUUUCAGCUGACACUACGCCUUGAGACCUAUGGGAUCAUUCUCUGCUGCGGCGAGGCCCGGCCUGCCUCACCACGUAUGGUGAGCCCAUCCUAUUUCACUCGGACGGGGCGGAAAUCGGAUCUGAAGCGGAGUCCCGGGGACACAGCAGGCGUCCUCAAGCUCCCCCUCCCUCGGUGGAAGUCGGCUCAGGGAGGUCCUGAGGACAGGACUCCUGGGGUUUGGCCCUGGGACAGGACAACCGCGGCCCCCUCUCCCACGCCGCCCCAAACUGGACCCCGGAUCCAGCCACCGCCGCGGCUGCAGCAGGAGCCUCGCUGCUGCCGCCGCCGCGCAGCGGUGGCCUAAUUUAAAGGGGACGCAGCCUGACUGCCAGGAGCGGAGCGCGAGUCGGCCCAGCCAGUGCGCAUGCGCGAGGCGCGAGCGGCUUCUCCCGUCACAGUGCUUCCCACGGUUGUCUUAGAAACCAGUCCCUGAGGCUUGGCAAAGCAGGAGCCCUCCGUGGCAGUGCUUGGGUGUCGGGGCUCUGAGGCUCCGGCCUGACCUCUCCACGGGGUCGACGGGAACGUCUCCGGAUGGCAGGAGUCGCAAAGGGCCGACCAGGAUGAGGAAACCCCGGGCGGAGUCCGCGGGAAGCAGCACGGCAUCCCAGCCUCAGGCCUGCCCUGACGGUGUCGGGGUAAGAUUGGGGAAGAUGCCAUGUGAUAGAAUCCACCCUGCCUCUGACAGCAUCCAACCUGGAGCAAAGGCUUCUUUCAACUCUCCCGCAAGCUCCCAAUACAAGCCCAAAUUCUGGAACAAGUCCUUUCCAACACCUCCUUCAGAGAAGCUCCCUGGAUCCAGGCAGUGCUUCCUCCCCUCCCUGCAGCAGGAAGCCCAGCUUGCGAGCUGCAGGUGUGCUCCAGGUGGUCACUGGAUGCAGGGUAUUGACAGAUGGAUCCUAUCGAUAUGCCCACUGCAUAACCAUAGCACAAUGAAUAGAAGGCACUUCUCUGCACCCCAAAAGCUCCAAGCUGAUUGUGAGAAGGAAAUGCUGGAUGGAGGGGUUCCUGGAACUACUGUGAGGGUUUCUUUUGAUUUUCCUGUUUAGAAAUGGUGAGAGAACUUUGGAUGUGGAAUGUGGAGUAGGUGGAACACGAAGUGAGGUUCUGCACUUGGGGUGGUCAGCACUGCGGAUGCCCAGCAAAGGCACUGCCUGGUCCACAUCCCGGAGGGGUUUCUGCACCCUAGUCGGCAUCGCAGCUGAUGGUGAAACUUUUGGUGUGGCAGAAGAGUGUCCACAAACUUCGGAAGGUAUCCGCUGCAUCCUCCAUAGCCGUGUAUCCCUGCCGAGGGCGAUCAUCUCGGGGAGCGGAAAGUACUGCUCAUGGGCCAGGGCUGGCUGGUUGGAGCCACUUGCGCGGCGCAGCCCUGGCAGAGGUUCAGGCAGCCCAGGUGUCGCAAGCGGCUGUGAGUGAUGCCUCCUUGGGGCCGGAGGGGUCCCAGGAAGGCUGCAGACCAGGGCUGACGAGCGGGCAGCAUGGUGGCCGCGAUGGAAGGUGACAAGGUUAGCAGCGCCAGGGGGCCUAGCAGAGCCCGAGCCCGGGCAUCCCGCAUCUCCAGCAGCACCACGGGUAGGCCUGGCGCUGGUGACGUGGCGGCCGGUGCACAAGGCCCACGACCCAGUCCCAGAGGCCAGCCCAUCGUCAGAUAACUUCAGGAACCCCGGGCCAGCUGAGGCCCCAGGCCCCACAGGCAAGACAAAGGGCAGAGGCUCCGCAGGCGGGGACGAGAGCCAGCAGCGAAGGCCUGGCUCCACCGCCGCGGAGCUCGCAGGGCGCAGCAGGCACCGGGCAGCGAGCAGGGCUUCCAGAGGACGUUGUGCACCCCCGCAAAGGCUCCUGCCCGGCGUCCAGCCUCUCCGCGGGGACUCCAUGUGCACCUCCUCCUCAUUGUCCUUGUCUAGGGCCGCGGCAAGGUCCUCGCUCCCAUGGCGUGACUCCGGGGGCGCAGGAGCCUGGGCUGAGCAGGUGGAGUAGGGUGAGCACCGCCAAGAACCCAGCGAGAGUGGCGCCCCAGGGCGGCACAGGAGGCCGCAUUUAACGUGUCAAUCAUCUCAAAGAUUUUAUGGCAUCUUUUUUUUGACAUCUUAUAAUAUCGAUAAUGUCUAUUAUAUCUUGUGAUAUAAUUAUUAACACCACUUCAUUGUGAUUAUUAUGAUUAUUUUUAUACCAACACAUCUUCAAUUAUUAACAUUCCCAUUUGCUAGAGAAUAAUGAAAACGACUAGUUUUGAAAGCCUUACGUCUGCCAAUGGAAGCACAUUCCAGCAUGUCGCCAACGCAAUUCACUUUCCACCACUUUCACAAGAAACGUUACUGCACAAUUAUACUAUCCUACCCUU